AUGGUCCGUUCCAACAAACCAUCUGCCAUCGGGCUGGGUGCUUCUCUACCCCAGUCUACUGUCUCCAUCAACGAUAAUGUUGUCGAGGCAAGCUUGCCUUCCGGAGAAUCCGUCGCGAUCCACCUGUACGGCGCCACGGUCACUUCGUGGAAGGCUUUCGGCCAGGAGCAACUGUUCCUCAGUGAAAAAGCUCACCUGGAUGGCUCGAAGCCUAUCCGGGGUGGAAUUCCGCUUGUUUUCCCGGUCUUUGGCCCUCCCCCACAAAACCACGUUACCUCCCCACUGCCUCAGCAUGGAUUUGCCCGUAACUCGAACUGGGAAUACUUGGGCAAAUCUGCCGCGGAGGCGGCCGAUAACCAGGGAAAACAGGCCGUGAAGCUGGACUUUGGUCUGUCGCACACUAUGCUGAGCGAGGAAUUCCGCAAGGCCUGGCCGUAUGGAUUUGGACUUGUCUACAGCGUCACCUUGACCAAGACUUCACUGCAGACUCAGCUGCAAGUGCGCAACGAGGGUACACAGAACUUUGAGUUCCAGGUUCUCAUGCAUACAUACCUGAACAUUGCCGUAUGUUUCAAACCCACUCUUCUGGCCAUAUUUGGCGAUCACCCCUCCAAAGCUCACCGUACUGCACAGGACAUUUCCAACAUCCGCGUUAAGAACCUCGAGUCCAAGACCUACGUCGACAAGGUCCGCGAUGCGACCACUCACACUGAAACCUCACCGGCCCUGGCCAUCACCGGUGAAACCGAUCGCGUUUACCAGAACCUCGACCCCGCCGUCCCAAUCAUCGUCUCCUCGGCCUCGGAUGAUUCUCCUCUGUUCACGAUUACACGCGAGGCGUUGGCGGAUGUUGUGGUUUGGAACCCCUGGAUCGAGAAGGCUAAGGGAAUGGCGGACUUUGGCCCGGAUGAGGCAUACAAGAACAUGAUUUGCGUUGAGGCUGGCUCUGUGUCGGGCUGGCAAACCCUUGAGGCAGGUGACUCGUGGGAAGGUGGUCAAACUAUCAAGUCUCGACUUUAA